CAACUAUAGCCAACAACACAAACUGUUGCAGACGUACGACGACUCUCUCUUUCACCAGCUUCAAAUGGGUUACUUGUGAAUUCACCAUGUGAUUCGCCAUGUUCUUUCUCAGAAUUUCACCUUCGCAGCCAAACAGCCCGUACUCACAGAGCGUGGGUACUUCGGGACAAGUUUGCGACACGUGAGAAUUCAUAUCACUUUUCUUUAUCCUGUUUCAGCAGAACUGGCAAGGGACGGGGACAUGAAGUUGGUGCAGGAGUUGUGGGCUGUGGACCUUGACAUCGGCUACAGCAACCAUCUGGCACUGCUGAGGUUGCUAUGCUACGUCACCGGGGCAACCGUGGAUCCUCGCAGUGGUCAGCUGGUGGUAGACGGUGGUCCUCGUUUCGCGGUCUUGUCCCCCCGGGUGUACCAUUCCAGUCUUCCAGUGGUGCACUAUCCCGUGUUCUUCCAAAUGUGCAAAGCUAACCACAUUGGAUACGAUGCCAUGGAGAAGGUUGGAACAUUGUUUGCUCUAUUUGACAGGGAACAUAAGGAAAACAUUGGACUCAUUUGUCUGCAGUCCAGUCUGUCGUCAGCUCUGACUGCCUGCUCCAACACUCUCUCCACUCUUCAUCACGAACUGUCCACUCCAAACAUACAGGGCUCCUCCAACUUCAAGAAUGUAUGCAAGGAACUGGACACAGUAGCCGAGCUGGUGAAAGACAAUUCACCAGCAGUGAACUGAGAACAAAAUGACUUCAUUCACUUACUGCAUACAGUAUGAGUGUGAAAAUGUUUUUUUAUAUACCAAACUGAAAUGAUGACAUUGUACAAUGUAAAGCCUAGAUGGUUGACAUUAGCACCAUCUUGUUGAAGCGGUUGCCAAGGCUGUUAUCAGAAUCAGUACUCCGAUGACACCAAAAAGACCUUUUUUAAGACAAUUGAUCCUCUUUUCAUCUCUCUCUCGUUGCAUGGCAAACACAACAACUGCGAAUGAAAGAUCUGAAUUCUUGCGACAGAUUUCCUUCAAACUGCUCCUAUAGAGAGCAAUAUGCCUCCCAGUGGCUCUCCCGUGUUCAAGUAACAGUUGCGCGUGGAUCGCCGCACUCUUCUUGAUAUGGGUGUCCAGCUCAAUUUUCACGAGAUUUUCCCGACAACCGACUGGUUUGAAUGGACACGGGAAGGGGGCCAAGAUGUAC